GCCUCCUUUCUCUUAUGGGAAGCGCGCUGGCUGAUCUGAAGUGCUGGGCUUCGGUUUGUCCGUUUCUGGAGCUGGUGCUUCAGGGGACCCACAAAAUGUGAUUCACCGCCUUGGCUGGUCUCACUGGCGGUUGCACGGAUUGUGACUCUUUCUCUGGGUUUUGCCUUCCCGGCUGGACCAGCAACCUUUUCAUUUUUUUUUCCGCGGACGGGACAUGUUUUGAGGCUUUUCUGCCCAAACCAGCAAGUACCCGAAAGUCACCAUGGCAACCAAGCAGCCUCCCCCUCUGAUGAAGAAGCACAGCCAGACAGACCUUGUGAGCCGUCUGAAGACAAGGAAGAUCUUAGGUGUUGGUGGGGAGGAUGAUGAUGGCGAAGUUCAUAGGUCAAAGAUCAGUCAAGUCUUGGGCAAUGAAAUCAAGUUUGCAAUGAGGGAACCUUUGGGGCUCAGGGUUUGGCAGUUUGUCUCAGCCAUCAUAUUCUCUGGCGUUGCCAUCAUGGCUCUCACCUUUCCAGAUCAAAUCUAUGAUGCUGUCUUCAAGGAAGAGGUAGUCAACAGCAAAAUGCCUAUCCGUCUCUAUGGAGGAGCUUUACUUAGCAUUUCGCUCAUCAUGUGGAAUGCCCUCUACACAUCUGAGAAGAUCAUAAUCCGUUGGACCUUACUGACCGAAGCUUGCUACUUUGGAGUACAAUUCCUGGUGACUUCAAUCACCUUGGCUGAGAGUGGCCAAGUGUCUACGGGAGCCACAUUUCUUCUCAUCAGCCGAGCCCUCUUUGUACUUAUCAGCGUUUAUUACUACUAUCAAGUUGGACGCAGACCCAAGAAAGUCUAAUGGCCAGAACUUUAGGGGGUUGGGAGACCUUGGCUGAUUUGGAAGGACUGGGGGGAUUUUCUAUUUUUUUUUUCUUUUUCUUUCCCACAUUCCUUUUUGUUCACGUUAGUGCAGUGUCUUUAAAAGCAGGAGUCAUUAUAGCAUGCAUCAAUGUGUCAGUCCAGUGCAGGUCUCCCUGCCACAGCAGACAAGAAAAAAGAAAGAUCAAAGCUGAGCUUCUUCCUGCCUAAUGUCUUUUGGAAAGGACAGAGAUAAUAAGGCUUGCUCAGAAUGUGGGCAAGGGUAAUUCCCAAUUGUUAGCCAACUUACUCUGUAAAGCUAUAUGAUGGCCCAGGAUAUCCCAUUCUACCCUCCUCCAGAGCAACUGGAUUGAACAUCUGUCACAACAGCCAGUGCAGGAUGGGGAUGAUAGGAGUUGAAGUUCAACUAUCAUAGACUUGGGAAAGAAUUUAGAGCAGCUUUCCAAGGUUUACAUAGAUAGAUCCAGCAAUUCCACUGAAAUUGCAGUGGACGUCUUAGGUAUGUUCUUCCUUUUCAUUUGUCAGUUGUGAUUGGGUCUCUUGUCAAGUCUGUCUACUAAAAUUUUACAGCCAGGAUUGAAACAUCUUGCCUUAUGGGGGAAUCCCAAAGGCACAUUACACAGAAUAUUGACAUCUUUUAAUGUGCCUCUUAGAAAAUGAUAUCAUGACCGUACAUCUGAAGCCUGGACAUAAUCUAUAUUAAUUUAAAAAGAUAUUCAAGCUCUUUUGAAUCUGCUACUGCUUCUAAAUAUGCCUUUUUAUUUUUGGCCAUCAUUUCUCCCUUUCCUCUCUGCUGUUGGCCACUUAGUACUGUUCUAGUUAGCAGUGUUUGGUUUUUAAAGUAGUAGUUGUUAACUAAAAAACUCUCAGAUAAUUCUAGAAAAAGGAACAUUAGAAGAGGAAAUUGAAAUCAUGAUUUCACAGGCUUUUUAAAAGACAAAAAUAAAAACAUAGGGAAAUAUUUUCCAGUUUUUACAAAUUAUUGUCAAGUGUUAGUGCAAAUGAAGAACACACAAGAGCUUGGUUAUAAACAAGUACCUAAAAUGGCAUAGUAAAUACUGAACAUGUCUAGGUUAGUUUGUAUUGUAUAUGCUGGAAUGAUUUGUGAAUGUAGAAAUGUCUGAUUUUGGUGGUCUUUUCCUCCUUGAAAUGGAAAGGUCAGUCAAAUUGGUAUUUAUGUGCACGUGUAUGUCUUGGAGCAGCGGGGUGGGGGGGGGGGGUUUACAAAUGAUUUGGUCAUUUCUCAUGUUUGGCAGUUAACUCCAAAACUGGAUUACACCCUAUUACAUGAACUAAAUCAGUUUACUACAGAGGUGGUAUUCAGCAGGUUCUGACCAGUUCUGGAGAACGGGUAGCAGAAAUUUUGAGUAUUUUAGAGAACCAGCAAAUGCCACCUCUGACUGGAGAUUUUACAGUAUCCUUCCCGUGCCAUGCCCACCAAGCCACGCCCAAAGUACUGGUAGUAAAAAAUUUGAAUCCCACCACUGGUUUACUAUGAACUGUGUCUCUGCAAGAUGCCCCGAAGAGAUGGAUUGUCCUCUCUUGUAGUUGCAAGAGGCUGCUAACCUAGAACAAAUUAAUUUAUUUGGGGGUAGGGAUGGGCCCAAUCAAGAUUCUCUAUAUUGUCUAUGUAAUGUUUGCCAAUUACAAAUGUCCCUUUAUCCAUUCUGUUAUUUAACCAAAAGGGAUAAAUAUAAGUUGAUUUCUUCAGACUCGGAACCAAAGUUCUUAAUGAUAUGAAUAAGGGCAACCACAGAAUAAAGUAAGAGAAAUAUUACUCCAGGUAUACCCACGGGUCUACCCAAACUGCAAUUCAUUGUGUUCAGUUGGGUAAAUAAAGCAAAUUUGCUUUUUUUCCUGCCCUGUUGUUCCCAUCAAAAUAUUGAGACAAAUCUGCAGAUAAUUUUAAAUAAAAUCAGGAAUUGGUUGAUAUUUCCAUACAAACCACAACAUUAUCUAUCACUUCAAGAUAAAACCUAGCAGUUUACCUUUUACUUUUCAAUCCGUUCAAUAGUAUCAUGCUAUCCCCCACUUUUCCCUCAUUUACCUUAUAGUGGUUUUUGUGUUUUGCCUUAUAUUGAAUUUACGUCAAGUAAAUUGAAACUGGUUGCAAAAAAUUUAUUAGCAUAUAACUGUUAAGAUGGACCAAACUUUUUGGAUUGAACACAGUAACUCUAGAAAAGGGGUAUAUGAUUUAUAUUGUGGAAAGACUGACUGUAUCCAUAAAACUGGAUAACAUUGAACAUGGAAGUAGCAUCUUUUCAUUUUCAACAAGUAAUGGUAUUUGGAAAAUCUAAAGACUAAUUUGUGGAUGGCCAAUUAUAUGUGCUGAUUUUGCCUACUGUGGUCUUUUCCCCCCCAACUAUUUCCAACACUGCCACCUUGAUCAACUUCUGGCAUUAACUACUUACGUGCAUGAACUUGGACUACCAUGUAUGCUGUAGCUGAAGUCCAUACAAAAUCCAUGAAUCAAAUAGACAUUCUUAAAGUAUUUGACUUUAUGGUAAAUGUGGUGAUUCAAGUGGUGAAAUUAGAAUUAAGAGAGAAAGCCUGGAGAGAUUAAAUUUCUCUAUUGGAAUGAAUUGUUAAUGCUACUUUCAAUUGUUUUAAGUUCUUGCUCUGUAGAAAAGAUGAUUUGUACACUUAAUGAAAUAAGUAUGAUUCCAAACAGUUACCAUCUGGUAUUGAGGAUUUUGUUUCAAGGUAGAAAACUGAAUUAGAGGAAAGAAUAUUUUUCAACUGGGCUGUCAUCCGGUUUCCAAAUCUUUAAGCUGAACUUUGGUUCAAGGAAAGGAAUUAUAGGCAUUUAUGAUUCAAGAUGUUGCCCUGUCACAUUUCUAUAGUAAAUGUGACUCAUUAUCCUAUUAAAAUUCAUAA